AGUGGACGGUGCGCCGCGGCGGGGUGGGCGAAGAUGCCGCUGCCGGUUCAGGUGUUUAACUUGCAGCAGCCAGCCAGCUCUGUGUCAGGGUCGGGGGGUGCAGAGAGUCAGGACAGAAUGCAGGGUGGCCCGGCCCCCAACGCGGCCGCGUCGUCAGUGGCAGAUGUGCACUGCACCCCUCCCAGCGGUAGGUCAGAGCUCUUCCUGCCGGGCACGGCCGGGGACUUCAGCCUGAGCGCCAGCCUGUCGGCCUGUACGCUGCUUUAUGAGGGGGCCGUGGAGCCCAUGCAGAUUGACGUGGACCCGCAGGAGGACCCGCAGAAUGCGCCCGAUGUCAACUACGUGGUGGAGAACCCCACCCUGGAUCUGGAGCAAUAUGCGGCCAGCUAUAGCGGCCUGAUGCGUAUCGAGCGACUGCAGUUCAUUGCUGACCACUGCCCCCCGCUGCGAGUGGAGGCCCUGAAGAUGGCCCUGUCCUUUGUGCAGAGGACUUUCAAUGUGGACAUGUACGAGGAGAUCCACCGCAAGCUCUCGGAGGCUGCCAGGCUGCGGGCUCCUGUCACAGCUGCCCCUGUGCCAACUGGGCGCUCUCCCGAUGGGGGUGAGGGCCGCUGGGAGGCACCCGCCCCCCCUGCACGUGGGCCCCUGAUGGCCAGGUCCUCCCUCAGGGAGCUGCAGAAUGCACCUGAUGCCAUCCCUGAGAGUGGCGUGGAGCCCCCACCCUUGGACACAGCUUGGGUGGAGGCCACGAGAAAGAAGGCCUUGCUGAAGCUGGAGAAGUUGGACACAGAUCUGAAGAACUACAAGGGCAAUUCUAUCAAGGAGAGCAUCAGGCGUGGACAUGAUGACCUGGGUGACCACUAUCUGGACUGUGGGGAUCUCAGCAACGCCCUCAAGUGUUACUCCCGGGCCCGGGACUACUGCACCAGCGCCAAGCAUGUCAUUAACAUGUGCCUCAACGUCAUCAAGGUCAGCGUCUACUUGCAGAAUUGGUCCCAUGUGCUGAGCUACGUCAGCAAGGCAGAGUCCACCCCGGAAAUCGCCGAGCGUGGGGAGCGUGACACCCAGACUCAGGCCAUCCUCACCAAGCUCAAGUGUGCGGCAGGCUUGGCUGAGUUGGCAGCACGCAAGUACAAGCAGGCUGCCAAGUGCUUUCUGCUGGCUUCCUUCGACCACUGCGACUUCCCUGAGCUGCUCUCCCCCAGCAAUGUGGCCGUGUACGGUGGCUUGUGCGCUUUGGCCACCUUUGACCGGCAGGAGCUGCAGCGCAACGUCAUCUCUAGCAGCUCCUUCAAGUUGUUCUUGGAGCUGGAGCCACAGGUUCGGGACAUUAUCUUCAAAUUCUACGAGUCCAAGUAUGCCUCGUGCCUGAAGAUGCUGGAUGAGAUGAAGGACAACCUGCUGCUAGACAUGUACUUGGCUCCCCAUGUCAGGACCCUGUACACGCAGAUUCGCAACCGGGCCCUCAUUCAGUAUUUUAGCCCCUACGUGUCAGCUGACAUGCGCAAGAUGGCCACAGCCUUCAACACCACAGUAGCGGCGCUGGAGGAUGAGUUGACGCAGCUCAUCCUGGAGGGGCUCAUCAACGCCCGCAUCGACUCCCACAGCAAGAUCCUGUAUGCCCGGGACGUAGAUCAACGCAGCACCACCUUUGAGAAGUCUCUGCUGAUGGGCAAGGAGUUCCAGCGCCGUGCCAAAGCCAUGAUCCUACGGGCAGCCGUUCUGCGCAACCAGAUCCAUGUCAAGUCCCCUCCCCGGGAAGGAAGCCAAGGGGAGCUGACACCGGCCAACAGCCAGUCCCGGAUGAGCACCAACAUGUAAGAGCAACCUCCGUCUUCAGGAUGGUCUGCGCACCCCCACCCUGCCCACCCCCCACCCUCGGACUCCUGGGCCUCUCAUCUGCUCCAGCGGCACCUCCGGAGGUGUUGCCUGUGGCCCACUUGCAGGGGUCUGGCUGCUGACUGACGCUAGUCCUCGGCGCCCCCGCCUGGGCUUCCAUGUGCCCAGAUUCUUGUGCCCUGCUCCCCCGCUGCACCUUGUGCCGGGGCCCUGGGGAGGAAGUGGGCUUUCCUUGAAGGAGAAGCCGACAGGGCUCACCAACAUGGCAUCUGGGGCCCCCACCUGGCAGCACUGCCUCCCAGCCUCCACGUUGAAGCAUCGUUUGAGGUUGCAGCGUUAUUGAAUCUUAGUCCAUUAAAGGGCAGCCUGAGAACA